GAGACAGCGAAUGUUUGGUGGCGUUCAAUUUCUCGCCGUUUGCAUGCGUUUGCUCCACUUGUCGUCGUAAACAUGGCGGACUUGUAUCUGUUCCUCGCUGAUGAGGGUAUGUGCGAAACUGAAGAAACUCGAGUGUUUCGCCAGCAUCGCGCCGCUUUCACGGCACUCUCCGAAGAGGAAUUCAUCGUGAAGUUCCGGCUUUGCAAAGACGCCGUGAGAGAAGUGUGCGAAGCUGUGGCAGCGGAUUUGCAGAAACCGCAACAGUGGCGUAGCACCACGCUUCCUGUGGAACAAAGGGUGCUUAUGGCACUACGGUUCUUUGCUACGGGUGCGUUUCUGGGAAAUAUCGCAGAGGAGGAGGAUUUCCUGACAAGCAAGCGACCAGUGUCGGAGUCAAUUCAUGUCGUGAGCUCGGCCAUCAUCCAGAACUUGGCACCACGGUACCUGAAAUUCCCAGCGACCCCUGAGGAAAAGUUGAUUCUGAAGCGGCAGUUUUACGAAAUUGCAGGCAUACCUGGCUGCCUUGGUGCAAUCGAUGGAACAAUGAUUGCUAUCAUUGCACCGAGCACAAAGGACAAACGCUUUGUGGAGGGCAACUAUUAUUGCCACAAAGGAUAUCACGCACUCAAUGUGCUUGGGGUUUCAGAUUCAACACGUCGUAUUCUGUACGUGAAUGCACGGUACCCAGGUAGUUGCCACGACUCUUCUAUAUGGAGCAUGUGUGAGCUGCGCCGUCAAGCACCAGAGUUAUUUAGCGACUGUGAAUGGCUUUUAGGUGACCUGGGGUAUCCACUUGAGCCAUGGCUCCUGACUCCCGUCCGGAACCCUACGACAGGUGGAGAAGAGGCAUACAAUGAAGCCCAUCGCAAGACAAGGGUACGCGUUGAACAGUGCUUUGGUGUGCUCAAGAUGAGAUUUAGAUGUCUUCAGCGCUACAGGACCCUCCACUUCUCACCUGACCGAGCAUCGAACAUUGUAACUGCAUGCGCCAUCCUGCACAACAUGUGCAUUAAGUACAACGUGCCUGAACCUUCAGGUGAGGAGGAGGAGGGUAAUGAAGGCAGCAGUGCAGACAGCUCUGACAUAGACAUUCCUGACGUGCCUGAAGAGGGAUCGUUGUUAUCAAGGGGACUGUACAAGAGGAAUGAAAUUAUUAGGCAGUAUUUUUCAUCUCGUUAACUUAAUAUGUGUCAUCCUGCCUCUUGCCUCCUUAAUUCAGAUUUGAGUGUAUCAUAUUUCCGAUGAGUUAAAAAAAAUUGAAAUGGUUGUCAAGCCUUCUGUUGAGAGAACUGAUGUUCUGAGGCUGGAACACAUAGAAAUGACAAAUUCAUACAAAGCCUCAAGUGCAUAAGAAAUUAACGAUGAAAGUGAUGAUAGCUCAAUCCUUCUGUGUUGACAGUGUACUGUCGGUAGUUCACUCGGGUGUCUACAAAACUCGUGUUUUGAUUCCCUGAGUUUUAAGGUUUUCACAGAAUAUUUUAAACAAAUUCCUUGACCAAAACAAAAUAACUCCUAGGUUUUCACACUGAUCACUCAAACACCUCAAAAAUGUGUUACUCGUUAUUGUUUACGAGAACUGAUUUUUUCUGCAGUAGGUAGUCCUCUUACAGUGUAUUGUAUGUUACUCCUGUGUACUUGUUAUGGGGGCUGUCCUAUGUGCUUGUCCCUGCCUUCAACAACUCUUUCGCAUCUUCACUGACUUCUCCAGUUGCAUCAAAAUCUCCUGACAAUUGCUUGUUUUGCAGGUUGGUAGACACCCUGCUCACAGACAAUGUGCCUUAAUGACAAUUUUCUCUUGUAGCAUAUGUUUUGAAGAAUAUCUGACAAUUUAAAGUAGUGAUAACUGCAACAAAGACCAUUAGUCUUGAUGAAUGAAUGAGUCUAUAUUUCAACUUGUUAUCUGUGCUUUCGAGGCCAAACUAACAUUGUGUUCGUGUCUGUAAACUAAGUGUUGUUUAAUGCAUAUGCAAAAGAGGAAUCACAUAUGGCUAUGGUUUUCAUAGAGUGUAAGAACAUAAUAUGCGGUCAUCAAGGAGCCUAUAUUCGCCAUGCAAUGACCACUGCCUGUGUCUUGAUCAGGAUAUUUUGAAACACACUUCAUAAAAAGAGAUGCCACUAUUCAGCAGUAUACAUUUGCAAAUGCUAGGCUGUCCUUUAGCUUCUUUUCAGAAUAUGUAAAUUUGUUCUGUUGUGCAUCAACACUUACUUGCACUGGGAUGAAUGUUGCUAUUCAUAGAAACAAAGAUCAUACUAUUGCAUGUUCAGUGCUCGCUGUCUUUCCAGCUUCAAUCUGAAAUAGUCGCUGAUCGGAGUGAUAGCCUGUGUGAUCGGAGUGAUAGCCUGUGUGUGGAAAUAAAUCACUUGUGAUACCAUGGA